AUGGGAGUUUCAGUUCCCAUUCUCGCGAUCUCCAUCUCUCUGCACCUCAUUGCUUUCGUGCUUGCUGUCGGCGCCGAACGACGCCGUAGCACGGCGACGGUGAAGCCGGAUGAGUACGACGAGAGAACGUACUGCGCGUACGGAACCGACGCGUCGACGGUGUACGGACUGGCGGCGUUCGGGCUGCUGCUGAUUGCGCAGGUGUUGAUUCACGGCGUUACCAAGUGUUUCUGCUUUGGGAGGGGGAUGAUGGAAGGCCGCCGCUCUACUACUCGCGCUGUCGUCUUCUUCGUUCUCUCAUGGAUCAUUUUUCUGGCAGCAGAGGCAUGCUUGCUGGCAGGAUCAGCUCGGAAUGCUUACCACACAAAAUAUCGAGCAAUUUUCCACGUAGAGCAAAUAUCGACGCCGGCGAAGGAAGUGGCAAGCAAAGGAAGAAAGGAAAUAAGAAAGAAAGAAAUGAGCUGA